CAAUUUACACCCAGAGCCCGGCCACCGACCAUAUCUUAAGUGGACUCGUCGUACAAUAUUGUUUGCUAACCCCGCAGUCUGCUUCUCCCUAUCUUUCUGUUCUCUAUCUCGCGCACUUCUGACUUCUAAGGUAGGAUGCCUGUUGAAGAAUGGACACCUCUAGGUUACCCACAAUCUGUAAAGGUCGCAAAACCUCAUUGGAAUAAUCAUCCAGAAUGGACGACGACAUUCCUUGAAGUCAUAUACCACGACACGUUGAACGGCAUUCUGACAGGUCAAGCACCUGGCGGUGCAGGAUAUAAUCGUGUUGCCAAGGUACUUUGGAAGAAGUACAACGAAUACUUCACUCAGAAAAUGCUCAAGAACAGAUGGGAUGUCUUGAGAAAGCUAUGGCUAUUGUAUCAAGAUUGUAUUAACUCAUCUGGAACAAGUUGGGAUCCAAAGCAGAAGAUGAUUGUUGCAAAGGACGAAUGGUGGCAAGAUAAAAUUGGAGAAAGACCGGGCGCGGCGAAGUUCCGAGGAAAGUCGUUGCCAAACCUAGCUCUUAUGGAGUCGGUAUUCGGGGGUCGAACAGGGUCGGGUUUGAAUCUCGUGAACCACAACGGUGGUGCUCAAAGUCACGGUGAUCAAAACGAAGGGAAAGGUAGCAACAACGGGAAAGAGCAACAAGACGACGAUCAAAGGGAAGUUGAAGGCCCUCAGACACUAGUCGUGAUAACUCAAGGCAUCGACAACGAACACGAAGUUGGAAAAAAGUCUUGUGCUGCUGCGUCGGCAUCAAGAUCUGGGAAAAGAAAAAUUGAAUCUUUAUUCGGAGGAGGAACUAGGGAAAUAACACCGGAGUUUAAGAGAAACAAACAAUCUUUACAAAUAGUCAAUAUUAAUAACUCCACAUUUAGGGAAAUAAGUGGAUGGGUUAAUAAUAAUAAGUGUGAGGCGAACCAGUUAUCUCAAGUUAUGCAAUCGUUGAAGGUCGACUUGAAAUGGAGCACGUCGCACCCUGAUUGGUUAACUAUUGUGACUAUGUUUGUUGAGAACCACGCAUUGUUAGAAGGUUAUUUGUGGUUAGAUGACAAUCCUUCGCGUUAUGCGUUUGUUAGCCGACAGAUUAAGCGGUGGCGGGCAGCCAACCCAGGAACAUUUGAUGAUACCCCGGUUGUGUCUGGUCCAUCAAUGAGUUCUUGAGGUAAAAAUUAUAUGAUUCUAGAUUGUGUUUUCGAUUGUAAGUAUGAAAAAUUAUGCAUGUUAUUAUUAAUAUUAAUUAUCUCAAUGUUUAA